AUGAGUAAAAGACGCCGCGCAUCUUCGGUUGCAAGCCGAGGUGCUGACGGCGAUGAUAGUGAUGAUGGAGUAGAACUAAGUAACCCUGGUCCGCCUCCAGCACGAAAAAAGAAAAAGUUGGAACCUAGUGAAAUAUGUCAGCAACUAUAUGAUAUAAUUCGGACUUAUAAGAAAGAAGAUGGCAGUUUGCUAUGUGAUUCAUUCAUAAGGGCUCCAAAGAGGCGUCAAGAGCCACAGUAUUAUGAAGUUGUCUCUCAACCAAUUGAUUUGUUAAGAGUACAACAAAAAUUAAAAACAGACACCUAUGAAGAUAUUGAGGAGCUUUCAGCAGAUAUUGAGUUACUGGUAAAUAAUGCCAAAGCUUUUUACAAACAUGAUUCAGAAGAAUAUAGAGAUGCAAUUGAGCUUUGGAAGCUUUAUUCUAAGCAUAGAAUGGCUCUUGAAAAUGGUGAUGAAGUCAAGACACCAAAAUUGUCUCGGAAUGGUUCUUCAAGUAGAAGGUCAGAUGUUGCAGAGGAUAUGUCCGAGACAUCCACUAAUAAUGAAGAUGAUAAUAUUUUUGAGGAAUUAUUUAAUGCUGUUAUGACAGCAAAUUCUGAUGGUAGACCAAUCUACCCAGCCUUCCAAUUUCUUCCAUCUAAACGACGUUAUCCAGAAUAUUUUAAUGUAAUUGAUUCUCCAAUAGAUCUAAAGAUAAUUGCACAAAAGAUACAAGGUGGUGAAUACACGAAUUUGAAUGAUUUGGAGAGGGAUCUAUUGCUUAUGGUUAGAAAUGCUUGUCUAUUCAAUGAGCCGGGCAGUCAAAUAUACAAGGAUGCAAAAACAUUGAAGAAGGUGAUACAAGUACGCAAGCAGGAGAUAGAGCAGCACGGGCGGUCGGGGCCGGCCAAGACGUCGGAGCGCAUCCGCAGCAAGCGCACGUCGCGCGUGGGCCCCGCGCCCAGCAGCCGCGCGCUCGCCAUCAUGGAGCCGCCCGGCUCUGACACAGAGCCGGAUGUUAAGCAUUCUGAAGAUAGUGGAGAUAGUGAUGAAGAUAAAGGUGAUGAAGACUCACCUCAAUGGAAACUUCUAGAUGCCGUUAAAAAUCAUUUGGGACCAAGUGGCUCACCGCUAGCCGAUCCGUUCUGGAAGCUUCCAUCGCGACGCGAAUAUCCAGAUUAUUACAAAGCAAUAAAAAAUCCCGUGUCCUUAAAUCAAAUAAAGAACAAAAUAAGACGAGGUAAUUAUGGCACGCUGUCUGAAGUGGCCGGAGACAUGAACAUUAUGUUCGAGAACGCGAAACAAUAUAACCAACCAACUUCCAGAUUGUACAGGGAUGCUGUGAAAUUGCAAAGAUUGAUGCAACAACGCGUCCAAGAACUGUUGGAUAUCGUUCAAAGUUCUUCGAGUGAUGAUGAAAGUUUGUCGUCUGUCAAAAAUCAAGCACAAGCGAAUACCCCGCGGCCCAGAGGUCGACCACGUCUAAAUCCAAACCCGUCAUCAGCACCAUCACCAUCCCCGUCGCCAAUUAUACCGAAAUCUAACUUGCCACUGAAAAAGAAAUUACACUACAUAUCGAAACAGCUAGUGGAAUUCACAUGCUCAGACGGCAGACAGCCGAUGUUGCUCUUCAUGGAGAAACCGAGCAAGAAAUUAUAUCCAGAGUACUACAAUGUGAUAGACCGACCCAUUGAUAUGUUGACCAUUGAAGCUAAUAUUAAGAAUGACCGCUACAGUAGUAUGGAGGAAAUGGUCUCUGACUUCCGUCUGAUGUUCUCAAACUGUCGUCAAUUCAACGAAGAAGGCUCAAUGAUUUACGAAGAUGCGAAUCUUCUAGAACGUGUUAUGAAUGAAAAGUUGAAAGAAGUUAAUAGUAAUUAUGAAAGAAAAACGCCAGUUAAAACCAUAAAAUCAUCUAAAUCGAAACAACUGACACCGUUCGAACAGAAGCUACGCACGUUGUAUGAUGCCAUCAGAGAUUAUAGGGAUCCUAAAGUGAACCGUCAACUAGCUCUGAUCUUCAUGAAGCUACCAAGCAAAAUGGAAUAUCCGGAUUAUUAUGAAUUAAUCAAAAACCCAAUAGACAUGGAAAAGAUAGCACAUAAACUUAAAAAUGGAAUAUACACAACAGUUAAUGAACUUGCCUCGGAUUUCAUACUAAUGUUCGACAACGCUUGCAAGUACAAUGAACCAGAUUCGCAGAUAUAUAAAGACGCGUUGAUACUACAGAGAGUUUGCUUGCAAACGAAACAGCUUUUAAGGGAAGAUGAUGAUGCAGUACCUGAUGUACCAGCAGCGGUGCAGGAUUUAUUACUCAAUUUGUUUACUACUGUCUAUAAUCAUCAAGAUGAGGAAGGACGAUGCUACUCAGAUAGUAUGGCCGAAUUGCCAGAACAUGACGAAGCUGCCAACGGGGAAAAAGUGCGUGCGAUAUCUCUUGAUUUAGUGAAGCGCAGACUGGAUAAGGGUCUGUACAAGCGAUUAGAUCACUUCCAGCAGGAUAUGUUCGCUGUAUUUGAACGAGCACGCCGCCUCUCCCGCACGGACAGCCAGAUAUUCGAGGACUCGGUGGAGCUGCAAACGUACUUUAUACGACAGCGCGACGCUCUGUGCCGCGGCGCGCUGUCGUCGCCCGCGCUCGUGUACACGCGCGACACGGUCGCCACCAGCGUAGAGCUCAUCAAGCAGUGCAAGAUGCUGCAGGAGAACGAUGACGAGGAUGAGACCAGAUCUAGCACAGAUGAAUCUAUGGCAUCGGGUGGGGCACCGCCUCAGACGCAGUACGGCAAGGGGGACUUCGUGUACGUACAGCCGGAGAAAGGCAACAAGGAGCCCGCAAUAGUACAAGUGGAACGUGUAUGGACUAACUCUGAUAAUGUCCCUAUGAUAUACACUAAUGUUUACUUUAGACCACACGAAACAUUCCAUGUGCGCACGCGCAAGUUCCUGCAACAAGAGGUGUUUAAAACGGAGACGCACCGCACUAUGCCACUAGAACAUGUCAUUGGAAGGUGUUACGUGAUGAAUGUUAAGGAAUACUUCAAGUUUAGACCUGAAGGCUAUUUAGACAAGGACGUCUAUGUGUGUGAAAGUCGUUAUCACACUAAGAAUCGUUUGUUCAAGAAGAUCAAAGUGUGGGAAGGCGCUGAGAAAGAAGCUACACUUAUACCUAGAGAUGUACCGCUAGAGCCUAACAGAACUGUGUCAGUGUUCCGCGAACGCGUCGAGAAACACAAAGACGAACUCGCUGAACUCGAAGUACUGGAAAAUGUUCAAGAGAAAGAGAGGCCUGACGUUGUAAUGUACAACCCGCUCGGCACUGACGACGAGAACACCUACUACGAGCAGUACAACACGGUGUGCUCCGGCGUCAUCAAGACGGGCGACUACGUGUAUGUGGUGACGGACGGCGGCAAGCAGCUCAUAGCGCAGGUCGACACCAUAUGGGAGACUGGCGAUAACAAAUGCUAUUUCCGGGGUCCUUUUCUGAUCUUCCCGUCUGAAGUGGCCAAUAUAAUAAACAAGCCCUUUUACAAACAAGAGGUACUUCUGACAACGAUGCACGACACAAGCCCCCUAGUGGGCAUCGUCGGCAAGUGCUCCGUGCUCGACUAUGAUGAUUAUCUAAAAUGUCGGCCAACAGAAAUAGCAGAAAGCGACGUAUACGUGUGCGAAUCGGUAUACGAUGAAUCAAAUAGGAUCGCCAGGAAACUGAAGGCCGGCUUGCGCAAGUUCGAGCACACUAAGGACGUCACUGUGGACGAGAUCUACUACUUCCCAAAGACGUUGGGCCCGCCCGCGCUCGCGUCUCCUCAGGACGUACAGUCUUCUUCUAGCGCCUUUACACAGAAGCCUUUCAAUCCAAAUGUCAAUGCUGAUUCUUUGGAUGGCAAACCUCAGUUCACGAAUCUCAUUAAUACCACAAUUGGCAGUCAAGAUGUUGAAAUGAUUCUAGAAAAUUCACUCGAUGACUCUUCACUCGCCUCACCGGCCACGCCUCUGUCUAUAGGUGGUAACAGCAACCCGUACAACCCAUCAAUGACUUCAUCUUCCAACCAAGAGCGGUCCAGCAACCAGACGACGUCGACGCCCGCCAGCGGCAAGAAGAAGAAGGAUCAGAAGCAGAAGAUUGUCACCGGAUACAUUCUGUAUUCUAGCGAAGUGAGGAGGGCCAUUGUUGCGAACAAUCCCGAGUCUACCUUUGGUGAGAUCUCCCGCAUAGUGGGCAACGAGUGGCGGUCGCUGCCCGCCUCCACCAAGCAGAGCUGGGAGGAGCGCGCCGCGCGCUGCAACGAGGAGACCUCCGCCCGCCUCGCCGAGGAGAUGCGCGAGCUGUCGCAGCAUACUCCAAUGGAGAUGACAUACGAGUGCGCGUGGGACACAUGCGACUACCAGUUCGAAGAUCUGGCCGACUGUAUGGAGCACUGCAUAGGAGAUGGUGGCAACAUGAUUGGAACGUUUAUUGAGACCAAGAAGAGUAAGCUAGAGCCGGGCCACGUGCAGCAGCACUAUCGCGGCUCGGGGGGUGCUGGGGGGUCAGGCGGUGCCGGGGGGUCUGGAGGCGCCGGGGGGUCGGGGGGCAACGAGUUCCCCUGCCUGUGGCGCAGCUGCGCGCGCGUGCGCAAGGGGCAAGCGCCCUUCCCUAACCUGCCGAGGCUAAUGCGGCACGUGCGAGACUUGCACGUCAAUAAGGGCAACGGAAGGAUCAUGGCGGUGCAUGAACGGUCCAGGAAUUUUGUACCGUCGUCUAAGAAGCCGCCUAAGGUGUACUCGACUAGUUUCCGAAGCGGUCUAAUGUCACCUGGAGGCAUGUCCCCGAUGGCGCGCAACACGCCGUCGCCGGGCGAGGGCGCGGCGCCGGGCGCGCUGGCGGCGCGCGCCGGCCUCGAGCCGCUGUUCGUGCACGCGCCGCCGCGCGCGCAGCGCGUCACGCACUCCGAGGCGUACAUACGGUACAUUGAAGGGCUUCACUCUGAGCAAAAGUAUAUCACACCGUGGGAGAAAUCUCUGACACCGAUGCCAGCUAACCCCGACCCUUCACACUUUAACAUACACAAAUUACCAUCUCAUUGGAUUACUGAGGAGGCUGUCAAUGGCUACUUGCAGCAAGAUAAGAAUUUAUCUGAAACAGACAUACAAAAAAUGGAUCAAACUACAAAGGUUCUAAAAGGACUGUGCGCUCUCCGGGACUUUAUGAUGAGGGACGCAUUAGCUAUUUAUAAGAGCACU